AUGCCACGCACCCACGACUCCAGAACCCCCUCCGGCGACUGCGCCACCGUCCGCUCCUACUACUCCAACAACCCCAUCCCGGUCAACAGCGACGCCCCUCCAUUCCACCAUUACCGCCCUUUCCGCAUAACCAAAGCCACCCCCCACGCCCCUGGCGGCGACAUUGCUGUGCCCUGGGAUUGGCUCCACGGCGGUAGCACUGUCUGGGAUACCAAAAUCGAUCCCGAUAUCCUGUGUGUCCGUAAAGCGCUCGACGAUCUGGCCAGUGCGGUGAGAAAGCUAGUGCAGGAUCAUACGGACCUGAACCAUGAUCCAAAACGCAUUAGCGAUGCCCGGAGUGACCAGGAGGCGUAUUGGGCGCUGUUUGUGAAGUGGUAUAAAUUCACCGCCCCUGCUGAAGUCGUGGAUGUCUAUAUCAAUGUGACGCAUUUCUGGAGAGAGGGGCACCCGGGAGGCGAGCUUUUCAAAAGACAUCCGAUAACUGAGAAGGGUAAUCAUUGGUAUGGCAAGACGAACAGGGUUAAUAGGGUGUUGUCGCUGUUGCUGAGUCAGUGGAAUGACCUGCUAGAGUGGUGCGAGUGUUUUGCGUCGUCGACGAAGAUCGUGGAGUGUUUGAAUCCGGAUGGUAAAGGUGCAAGGUGCCUACCCCUUGAUAUUCCAAUUAUAGAUUUGAAUGAUCCCAUGAUUCAGCGUCAGUUAUAG